CUUUCUGUUUUUUUACUGCUGGGAAUCCCGACCGACGACCAUGUCCGAGACCGCCCCUGCGGCGCCCCCUGCGCCCGCUGCCGAGAAGGCGCCCGCCAAGAAGAAGGCCCGCAAGUCCGGCGGGGCCGCCAAGCGCAAGGCGUCCGGGCCGCCGGUGUCCGAGCUCAUCACCAAGGCCGUGGCCGCGUCCAAGGAGCGCAGCGGCGUGUCGCUGGCCGCGCUCAAGAAGGCGCUGGCGGCCGCGGGCUACGACGUGGAGAAGAACAACAGCCGCAUCAAGCUGGGCCUCAGGAGCCUGGUGAGCAAGGGCACCCUGGUGCAGACCAAGGGCACCGGCGCCUCGGGCUCCUUCAAGCUCAACAAGAAGGCGGCCUCCGGCGACGCCAAGCCCAAGGCCAAGAAGGCGGGCGCGGCCAAGCCCAGGAAGCCCGCGGGCGCCGCCAAGAAGGCCAAGAAGGCUGCGGGGGCCGCCACCCCCAAGAAGAGCGCCAAGAAGACCCCGAAGAAGAAGCCGGCGGCGGCGGCAGGAGCCAAGAAAGCGGCCAAGAGUCCGAAAAAGCCGAAAGCAGCCAAGCCCAAGAAGGCGACGAAAAGUCCAGUGAAGGCCAAAGCUCCAAAGCCCAAGGCGGCGAAGCCUAAAGCUGCCAAGGCCAAGAAACCUGCCCCCAAAAAGAAGUAAGAACGACAACCACCUGAGAAUACAAAGGCUCUUUUCAGAGCCACCCAACUAAUCUGAGGCAGAGCUGUGACACUUUCACUGCAUGGUGGUGGGAGGCUACGGAGGUGAGAUUGUUUCUAUUUUCCACCUGGUGCGCAGAGGUCUCAGUGUAGUAAUAAAAGUAAGUACACAGAUAUUUCCCGGAAGAGGUGGUUUGGCGCAGUAAAGAGCCUUUGCUUUAGGGUUGGCUAGCGCUCGCUGUUUAACUCAGUAUUUAUGCCCUUCAGGUUCAGCCAGGUUAAUACGUCAGUGGACCCUUUUUAUUGACGAGUAGGAUUCAGUGAUAUCCUGUAUAACUUGUGAAUAAAAAUACAAGCUUGCUUCCACUUAAGGGAAUAAAGCUGUUUAUAACUAUGAAUGAGAAAUAAAUCUUAACUUUCCAAUACA